UUGUCAAGAAUAAAUAUUAUCAAAGCUAACAAAACUCAAGAAAAAAUGAAGAUGGAGACAGCCACAGAAAUUGCAAAACAAAGCAUAGGUCAUCCAAAUAUGACAUCCCUCACUUCAAAUUACACAAAGUGUAUGAACAUCAAUAUUCCCGAAGAAAUUUUCUUUACUAUCUCAGCAGUUGGAAUUCUGGAAAAUGUUCUUGUCCUCAUUGCUGUGAUCAAAAACAAAAACCUUCACUUACCCAUGUAUUUUUUUAUUUGUAGUUUAGCUGUUUCCGAUAUCCUAGCAAGUCUGUAUAAAAUUCUAGAGAGCAUCAUGAUGAUUCUGGUCAGAGUUGGUCAUCUACAAAAAAAAGGUCUAUUCGAGCAAAAGAUGGAUGAUGUUAUGGACUGGUUUUUUGUAUUGUCACUACUUGGAUCAAUAUUCAGUCUAUCUGCUAUUGCUGUAGAUCGAUACAUAACUAUCUUUUACUCCCUUCGCUACCACAAUAUAAUGACUCUCAGAAGAGCUUGGAUCAUCUUAGCCACAAUCUGGACAUUUUGCGGUGGAUGUGGAAUAGGUAUACUUAUCAAUUUCCAUGAUACAGUAACAAUAUUGCUUUUUACUGUAAUGUUCCUUCUGUUGUUAGUGUUUAUGGUAUGUCUUUAUAUCCAUAUGUUCCUUUUAGCUCAGUCGCAUGCCAAAAAAAUUGCUUCACUCUCCGGUCAAUGGAAUUCAGUGCAACAAAGGAUAAACAUGAAAGGAGCAAUUACACUGACCAUUUUACUUGGAGUAUUUAUUUGCUGUUGGUCUCCAUUUUUUGUUCACCUUCUUUUAUUCUCAUUUUGCCCUAGCAAUCCUUAUUGCGCUUGUUACAUGUCAACUGUGUAUAUAAAUUGCACCCUUAUUUUGUGCAAUUCUGUCAUUGACCCAUUAAUCUAUGCAUUUCGGAGUCCAGAGUUGCAAAGCACAUUCAAGAAAAUGCUGUGUUGUUGAGUGUUUAGAAGAUUGCACAGAUGUCAACAGGGAAGAUAGAAACUUAAAGGAAUUGGAACACCUGGAACAGGAUAAUUAACUUACACACUUCAAGGGAUAUAAUUAUUAUGCAGCUUACAAAUGUCACUGUAACAUUAACUAGAUAUGCACAAGUAAAACAAGCAAACUAAAUGUCAAUUUAUGAAAAACAUUUCACAAAUAUAUAUUUAAUGGAAUU